AUUUGCUGGCAUCGCCAAUCACACGGAAAUAAUUCGACAAAUUUUAGUUUUUUAAUGGAACCAGAAAGGCUUUAAAUUUUGCCUGUAUAUGAUAUAUAACUCGGUUUACAAUAAAACAAGUCUAUUCUGUAAUGUGUGAGUGUGUGUGUUUGCGGUAUAGCUAAUGCAAAGGCCUUGAAAAUUGUUACGAAAAACUGACUGACGACGUACGGAGUGGUGAGGUACGUGCUUUAAGAAGAAGAGAAGCCUCGCCAGCGCAAUAUUAGAGGUGGUGGUCAGGGAACAGCAGCAGUAGAAGCAGCGGAACCGCAGCACACCCCGCAUUAAAGUUACACACACACGACACUAUUUUUCCAUUAAAUUUCUGGAAAAUUGCACAUCGUGCGGAUUGACUGCAGCAUGAUCCAUUGCGUGUAUCUAGUUUACGUAUGUAAAGCAUAAAAAGGCCCCUAGAAAACUGAUACUGUUACCGAAACCGGAUUAAAAGUGUAACUAGGGCGCCUAGCUAAGAGAAAAGCUCGUGGCGUCGUGGCGUCGGAGCGGAUACAGAGUUUCUACAAACAGUUAGACAUUAAAUUCAAAAAUCAUGAUGAUACAAGAGCCUGUACAGGCCGCCAUAUGGCACUGUCUGAACCACUACGAUAAUAGGGAUGCAGUUUUCCUGGCGGAACGGCUCUGCUCAGAAGUGGAAAGCGAUGAGACAAUAUAUUUGUUAGCCACCAGCUAUUAUCGUUCAAAUCAAUUGGAUCAAGCUUAUUGGCUGCUACAAGAGAAGUCGCGACGCUCCCCCCAAUGCCGCUACUUGCAGGCCAAAUGCGCCUACGAGCUGAAAAAGUACGCAGAGGCGGAAAGUGCUCUGGUUUCGAGUGGAUUUGCGGAUAGCAAACAUUUCGAUGAGCUGCAGCGUGAGUUUGGGGAUAUUGCCUGUUUCGCUUAUCAAUUGGUGGCGCAGAUUUGUAUGCGCACAGAGCGCCAGAAGCUGGCGGUGAAUGCACUACGGCGAGCGCUCAAACUGAACCCUUUCAUGUGGCAUGCGUUUGCCGAUCUGUGCCUGCUGGGUCAGGACACGGAUACCGCGGCAAUAUUCCAAAUUCAAAGCACUGAUGUGUUCAACACUUGCCAAGGCAGCAGCGCCAACGCCAAUUCGAUGGUGCUGUUCAGCGGCAGCUCUGCUAACGAGCAGCAACAACAGCUAGAGAAUAUUUUGCUAAACAAUAUAAGCAAUAAUUCACAUUAUAUACUAAAUACCCCAGUGGACCACAAUCAGCAGCAGCAGCAGCAACAGCAGCAAAACAACAACGGCAGCAGCUUGUCCACCCUACAGAAUCUGAUGACACCAAACAACAACAUUAACAACAACAACAAUAACAAUCUCAACAGCUCUAUUACCAUGCUGCGAGGUGGUGGCGGCGGUGGCGUUCAACAGCAGCAGAACACCAAUUCAAGUAUGAUGCUGCUCGAGGACACGCCUAUGGGUUAUGCAACGCAUGAUGCUCCCACACAACUGCAUCAACAGCACCCGCAGCAAUUGUAUGAUACCAACAGCGGCACACCGUUUCGGAAGCAAUUCAAAUAUUUGUCUGCAAUAUCACCGUUAACUCCCAGCUUUGGCGUUAUGCCGCUGACUAGUCCCUCCGAUGGCGGCUCAGCUGUAUUGCAAGCCAAUUUGAGUGUGUCUGCGUAUUCGCCAUUGCCCCAAAUGCUUGUGGAGGUUAAUCAAGAGCCAAAAAUGAUGGGAAAGAAAUUUAAGGCGCAUGUUGGUGGCCUCAUCAAUCGUCAGGACAAGAGUAAACCCGCCGUUUUUACGCAGGCUGGCAAUAUAACGCCCCGUACGCCAAACAAUGUGGUGGGCAAUGGUCCGCCCAAUCCUAAUGCGGCGGUGCGUCGCAGCUCGCGGUUAUUCAGCAAUUCGGCAUACUCGGUCAAGGAGAAUAACAAAUCGCCCAACAUCACGAAUAACAAUAAAUUUGUUCAGCCGCGAUCGCCGCCACGUAAAACCAAAUCGUCACGCAUGACGAAAAUCUGUUUAAGCAACGAGCUCAUUGAUGAGAAGUCGCAUCACCAUCUCGCCGAGAAGCUGAGCGAAAAGCAAUCACGCAAGGAGAAAGAAAAAGUAGAAACAAUCACAUCGGCUGCGACAGCCGGCGGCAACAAUCAAACAGGAGUAAACAAUCGCAGCGCCGACGACGCCAAAGUCCUGCUAAACAAUAGCCUGAAUAAUGCCCAAACACUGGCGCAUCAGUUGCUAACCAUGAAAAAGCAAUCGGCAGACGGUCUAAUGCUGCUUCUCCGGGACCUUGCCGAGGGCUACAAACUACUGUCGUCGUUUCAAUGCAAGGCGGCCAUUAUGCAUCUGGAGUCAACUAUACCAAAGCAUCAUCUGAACUCGAGUUGGGUGCAAUCGCUGAUUGGCUUGUGUCGCUAUGAGCUGCGUGAAUACGAAGCUGCUGUGGUCAUAUUCAAGCGGAUACACGAAAUGGAGCCACGUCGCCUGGAGUACAUGGAAAUCUAUUCCACAUCCCUAUGGCACUUGCAAAAGGAGGUGGCGUUAUCGGCCCUGGCGCAGGACCUGAUUGCACAGGAUAAGCGCAGUCCGGUUACGUGGUGUGUGGCUGGCAAUUGUUUUUCACUGCACAAGGAGCAUGAGACGGCCAUCAAAUUCUUUAAGCGGGCGGUGCAAGUGGAUCCCGACUUCGUUUACAGUUACACGCUCCUGGGCCACGAACUGGUACUUACCGAGGAAUUUGACAAGGCCAUGGACUAUUUUAGGGCAGCAGUUGUACGCGAUCCGCGGCAUUAUAAUGCCUGGUUUGGCAUAGGCACCAUUUACUCCAAGCAGGAGAAAUACGAACUGGCCGAGCUGCACUAUCUCAAGGCACUCAAGAUCAAUACGCAGAACUCGGUCAUUCUGGUGCACAUUGGAGCGAUGCAGUUUUUCAUGCAGAAGAAGGAUUUGGCACUGCAGACGCUGAAUACGGCAGCUACGAUAGAUCCGAAAAAUCCGUUGGCCCGAUUCCAUCGCGGCUCAAUAUAUUUCUCAUUGGGCAAAUAUCAAGAGGCAUUGCGCGAGCUGGAGGAGCUGAAGGAAAUUGUGCCAAAGGAGUCAGUUGUGUUUUAUCUAAUUGGUAAAAUACACAAGACGCUGGGCAACAUGGAUUUGGCACUGAUGCAUUUCAGCUGGGCCACCGAUCUGGAUCCCAAGGGGGCCAACAAUCAAAUCAAAGAUGCCUUCGAUUCAAUGGCGCAUCCCAAUUGCUGUCCAGCUAAUGACAAUGCUCUUGAUGUUGACUUUGAACCAACAUCGGAGCGUUCCGACGACUCAACGCAGGCGCAGCAGGAUGUUAGCUACGACAGCGACUACUAAAAAAUGUCUCCAAGUCUGAGCGCUUGUAUAUAAUUACAUAAUUAAUACAUACAUAUUGAAGGAGAAAAAAAAAACAAUUAUGAAUUAUAUUGAAGUUUAGAUAACGAUUAGAUUUAGGAUAUUUAUAACAAAAA